AUGUUUUCGGUAUUGAUAUCACCGAGAUUAAGACAGUAUGUCGUUAUUUUAUUUGUUAACCUGAGCGUGCUUACGACUGGUAUGAGCAUGGGAUGGCCGUCCCCAAUGAUUGUAAAGCUAAGAAAUGCUACGGAAACACCCCUAUACCGUCCCAUUACCGAGGAGGAGGGAUCCUGGAUUGUAUCAGUGGGAUUCUUUUGCUGCGUUUUCAUGAACUUACCGCUAGGCAUGUUACUGGAUUGUAUAGGCAGAAAAUACUGCCUGAUACUGAUCUGCGUGCCGAAGAUCAUCGUAAGCAUCUUCUUCAUCUUCGCGACAGACGUGUGGAUGCUGAUACUGGGCCGUGCUUUAAUUGGUGUAGGGGAUUGUUUUCUAGUUUCAGUGGUCCCUGUUUAUGCUUCGGAAAUUGCAACUAAGGACAUACGAGGCAUUCUUGGUACCUUCCAGCAACUCUUUUCAUCACUGGGCAUAGUCGUAUCGCUGACGGUUGGACCGUACACUUCAUAUAGCACUUUUAGUAUAGUGUUUGCUGCAAUAAUCUUAAUUACGAGUAUGCCGCUGCCCUUCUUGCCUGAUAGCCCGUACUUUUUGUACUCGAAAGGAAAAACCAACAAAGCAAUGGAAGUGCUUACAUUAAUUCGAGGCACAGAUCAAGCUGCCAAGGAAGAGAUUGCAGUGUACGCGACAUCGAUGAACAAUGAAAAAGUCGAUAAAAUGAAACUAUUUAAGAAUCGCCUUGUACUAAAAUCUCUUGGAAUAUCAAUAGUUUUCUGCGCGGGGUCGCAGCUUGUUGGUUUCAACGCUGUAUCGUUUUAUUUGCAAACAAUUUUGAUAUCGACCAAAACGAAUGUGAUGCCAGAGAUAGCGUCGGUGAUAAUGGGGUUGAUACAGCUUUUUGCGAGUUGCUGCGCGACUCUUGCGACUAAGAGGUUUAAUAGAAAAUACAUAUUGAUUUCAUCACUUACAGGCAUGAUGAUUGGAAUGGUUGGACUUGGCGUGUUUUUUAAGAUAAAAGAGAACACACAAGAAGUGUCGGGGUUCAUGAAUUACCUGCCUCUAAUAUCUUUGAUUCUCGUCAUCUACUGCUACAGUGCAGGCCGGGACUAUUUCAGCCGCCAAGGACUAGCAUACGUUGAUAUGUUUUUUGAAUCCACAGAUUGA